UCGAGCCGCACUUCCAACCACACGAGCAGACGCGUGUCAUCUUCCACGCGGGACACAUUCCACAUCCACGGCAGCAACAUGGCGACAGAGUUCCACAGCCUCCAGGAGAUGAGGCGCAGUGCUUCCCUGGUGAUGAAGGUCUUCAUCCAGAGAGACUACAGCGAGGGAACCGUCUGCCGCUUCCAGACUAAGUUCCCCUUGGAGCUCGACAACAGGAUCGAGCGGAACUUACUGGAAGAAACGGUGAAGACCCUGAACUUGUACUAUGUGGAGGCCGAAAAAAUCAGCGGCCAGUCUUACCUGGAGGGCUGUCUGGCUUGUGCGACGGCAUACAUCAUUUUCCUCUGCAUGGAGACCCGCUAUGAGAAGGUUCUGAGGAAGAUAACGAGUUACAUCCAGGAGCAGAAUGAGAAAAUCUACGCUCCUCGAGGUCUGCUGCUCACCGACCCCAUCGAGAGGGGAAUGAGGGUUCUGGAGAUCAGCGUGUUCGAGGACCGAGGCUCAGGCAGCUCCAGCCCCACCAGCAGCGUGUCGUCCGCGGGGGGGAGCGCCCGGUGACUGGAGGGCCGGCGCCAGGGCUACGGGUACAUGCACCACCACGGGGGCGGCGGGGCGCUCACCAACAUCCGCAUGCUUAAACACGAGAGCACCCGCUUCUGAGACAUGGUGAGGAGAGGACCCUAACAACAUACCACCUCUGGAAACGGGAGGAACGCACACUUAUUCCAUGUAAAACAAAUAUACCAGUCAUCCUUUUAUUUCCCAGGAGUUCCUUUCUUGAGUAAUUGCUGAUUCAGCAGGCUUAGGCUCGGUGUUCUUCAUGGGGUCAAAUUGGACCCGCGUACUCUCCACAUGUUCACCAAUGUUGGAGUGACCGCACCGCAGCUGCAAACCGCACACCCACGCAAACAAAAAAAAUAUCCCAAAUAUUCCCAGCAAUACACACACCGGAAUCAGGAUGAAUAAGCACGCAGCUGUAGUGGAUUCCUGCACACACACAAUUGGCAGACCUGGACCCCAGUACUCUCCGAGGGUCCGUGUUUGUUUAGUUGUGUGUGUGUCCCCCAGCUCCGUCUCAUGUGCUAUCAAGCAAAAAUAAACACGUUGAUUUAUAAUGAGAAAUGUCAGAAAAAUGUUGACAUUCGGGACCUAAAAUAUCAGAUUUAAAAUGUGAACUGUCCAUUGGUUUACUUGCUGAUUUAUUGCCGUGUGACGGUUUUGUGUGUAACGCGCAGUUACAGCGCCCUCUAGGGCAGUGUUUUUCAACCUUUUUUGAGCCAAGGAACAUUUUUUUGCAUUGAAAAAAUGCGGAGGCACACCACCAGCAGAAACAUUUACAAAUGAAACUCAGCAGGAAUUCAAACCAUAACCAAGCAUGCAUCACUAUAGCUCUUGUCUCAAAGUAGGUGUACUGUCACCACCUGUCACAUCCUGACAUAUUUUGAGUUUUUUGCUGUUUUGCUGUGUGUGGUGUUUUAGUUCUUGUCUUGCGCUCUAUAUUUUGGUGGCCUUUCCUGUUUUGUUGGUAUUUUCCUGUAGCAGUUUCAUGUCUUCCUUUGAGCGCUAUUCCCCGCACCCGCUUUGUUUUACCAACGUAUACCAUGCCAACUUUAUUUAUAGUUCAACCACAGUUGAAAAACAAAGGGCUGUACACCACAAAGAAAUACAGGACAGACUAAAAUAUAUAAUUGAAAACAGG